AUGGGAUGUUAUGAGGGUAAAACAAAGUACCUUAUUGUACUCAUGAUAUCUGACCUUUGAAGGUUUUAUCUAAUUAAACUAUAUGAUUUAAAAAAAUAUCNAUAAGAAGGAGUUUGUUUAGAAAUUUGUACUCAUUAAUCUUCCAAUUGUAUUUGUGGAAAUAAAGUCAAAAAGGUCUGUUCAAACUAAGAAAAAUGCAUUGAUCCAUAUUCCGAUAAUGGGGUUUGUAAUUAAGGUACUUGCACAUAAUAAUUUUAAUCUAAUUGUACUUGUGGUAUAAAUAAUCCAGACUAUUGUAAUAAAAAUUAAUAUUGUUUGGACUUUACAGCACCAAUGGGAGCUUGUUAUGAAAAAUGUAUUUAAAAUCAAAAUAAUUGUUUAUGUGGAAUGGAUUCUUUUGAAAUAUGCUUUGAAUCAUCAUAUUGUAUUUUGUAAUCCAAAGGUUUUUGUAUCCCACAAUGUACUUCAACUAAUUAUCAAAAUUGUUUGAUAUUAUCUGAAAACCUAACUUGUCUUGAUUAAUAUGAUACCAUCUAUGAUGAUAUCACUCGAAAAUGUGUGCCAACUUGCAAAGAAAAUGGCUAAUCCAAUUGUUUUUGUGGUAAUAAGUAGAAUGGUUUAGAUAUAAAAUUGAUUUGCUAAUCUGGUUUUCAAUGCUAAAAUCUUGAUACAAACUAGAGUGGUUGCUUAGAAAAAUGUACAAUUAAUAAGACAUCAAGUUGUUAUUGUGGAUAAGAAAAAUCCCAAUAUUGCAAUGAAAAAGAGACUUGUCUAGAUGUGACUUAAUAAAUAGGUUCAUGCAAAUCAUCUUUAGAUGUUUCAUAAGUUGAUUAUUCCACAAGUCUAUAAAUAGGGUUGUUUGCGAUAAUCUGCCUAUUCAGUAUAAUUUGA